AUGGGCAAGCGGGGCAGGCACGAGUCGAAAUGGUUGAGCGACAGCGAGUUGUGCCAGCAGCCCCCGAGGCGUAGCGAGCCCAGUGGCCGCUCCUGCAUGCAUCAUCGAUCUCGACACACGAACCGGGAUGAUUUUAUCGCUCUCUCCAGGGUUUUCCCAGUGCUCAAGCAACACCUGGUGGCCAAUUCGAAAUGGAAAUCCUCCAUGUCCAAACACCUGAUGUACCACUACGAUUUCAGCCAUCCUGAUGCAGUUUACCAUUUGUCAAGGGCGAUUUUGAAGAUAACAUAUGGCCUCAACUUCUACCUGCCGUGUGGAUGCCGCAACGGCGCUUGCGACCCCUUUCUUCGCGUUGAGAGCGGCGAGGACGAUUGCGACACCUAUCUGGACGAUUCCGAGUGUAUUGACGUGCAGCGGUACCUGGCUCCGUGCAUUCCUGGCAGGGCUAACUACGUCCACUACGCGGCGGACCUGCUCCACGUCUCCCACAACCUACCGGACCCACCGCCUGAAGGGACGGAUCCCCCAUUUCCCGACUCGUCCAAUAUAAGCUUCGAGGAUAUUCCCCGGGGCCAGGGUGUGAAAGUUUUGGAUGUUGGAACGGGUGCCAACUGCAUAUAUCCGCUACUCGGUUGCUCCGAGUACGGGUGGAGCUUCAUCGCAUCAGAAACAAAUCUAGAGGCGCUCACCCUCGCGAAGCACAACCUAAGGCUGAACGGUAUGACAGGGAUUGUCGAUCUGAGGCAUCAAAAGGAGCCUCUGAGGAUGUUCACGGGCGCUUUGCAGCCGAACGAGUUCGUGCAUCUGACGAUGUGCAACCCUCCGUUCCAUGCAAGUCUGGACCAGACUAACAUGAACCCACGUGUUAGCACGUGCGGAACCACCAGCGAGCUGACUUUCCAGCACGGCGACGUAACGACGUUCUCCAUUGACGGCGUCGAUCUUCAUAAUCUGCAAAAGGUCAGGUUCGGUGUAACGGGUCAAGUAAACUACACAUUUUCCAGCGACCCAGCAGAGCAGGGUGAGCUGGCUUUUGUGGAGAUAAUGCUUGUGGAGAGCCGUUUCUUUGUGCACAAUGUGCUGUGGUUCACGUCUCUCGUGGCGAGGCUGUCCACGCUCAAGCGUAUCAAGAGCCACAUUCAUGCUGACAUGCGUCUGUACCACGCAUCCAGCAGCAAACAGGUCGCCUUUCUCGACGCGCGAGUCAGCGACCUGUUGAGGGAGGAGGGUAGCUCUGCAGGCUGCGAAGAUACGUUCCACAUCCCCGUGAGCAACUUGCACGUGUGCGAGUUGCGGACGUUCACGCUGAGCCAAGGGCGUCAAACGCGCUGGGUGGUUGCGUGGACUUACUUCAACGCCGAGCAGAGAUAUAAAAUACUUAAGAAGUUGUACAGCUAG